AUGCCGCCAAAGAAUGCCUCGCCCACGGGGCCGAAGCUGCCUGUCCAGCAGCUGGCAAUCCUGGCCGUCGUUCGCUUCGCCGAACCCCUCGCCUACACCUCCGUCUUCCCCUACCUCCCCGAGAUGAUCCGCGACUUUGGCGUCGAGCAGAACAAGAUUGCCCGCUGGGCCGGCCUCACCUCCGCCGUCUUCUCUGUCGCCCAGAGCAUCACCGCCGUCCCCUGGGGUCGCGGCGCCGACCGCUACGGCCGCAAGCCCAUGAUCAUCCUCGGCCUGCUCUCCACCAUGCUCACCUUUAUCGUCUGGGGCAUGUCCACCACCCUCCCCAUGGCCAUCGUCGCCCGCGCCAUCCAGGGCGGCGGCAACGGCAACGUCGGCAUCAUCCGCACCAUGGUCGCCGAGAUGGUCCCCGAGCGGGAGCUCCAACCGCGCGCCUUCUCCGUCAUGCCCCUCGUCUGGUCCCUGGGCUCGGUCGUCGGCCCCAGCUUUGGCGGCUUCUUCGCCCAUCCCGCCCGCCAGUGGCCCUCUUUCUUCGGCAAGAUGGCCUACUUUCGCACCUUUCCCUAUGCCCUCCCCAACCUCGUCGCCGGCAUCUUCUUCCUCAUCUCCGUCGCCGUCGCCUCCCUCUUCCUGCGCGAGACCCUGCCCGGCAAGAGGGACGAGCGCGACUGGGGCAUAUCCGUCGGCCGGCGUCUCACACGCGCCUUCAAGCGUCGUGGCCACCGCUCGUCCGCCUCCUCGCAGCACCCCCGCCGCUCCUCCUUUGUCGACGGCGAGGCCACCGCGCCCCUGAUCCCCGCCAACGUCGUGUCCCACAAGAAGAACAGCACCACCAACUCGCCCCCCAGCACCAGGGAGGUCUUCACCCGCGACACCGUCAUCAACCUCGUCGCCUACACCUUUCUCGCCUUCCACUCCGUCGCCUACGACCAGAACCUCCCCGUCUUCCUCAACUACCCCAGGAUUAGGGACGUCGGCGCCCCCGUCCACCUGCCCUUCUCCUUCCAGGGCGGCUUCGGUCUCACGUCCGGCGAGAUUGGUACCAUCUUCACCUGCUACGGCGUCGCCUGCGGCCUCAUCCAGUUCCUCAUCUACCCCACUCUUGUGUCCCGCUACGGUGUCCUGCACUGCUUCCGCGUCUGUUCCCUCAUCCUCCCCGUCACGUACUUCCUCACCCCGUACACGGCCCUCUUUGAUAGCGGCACCGGCCGCUACGUCAGCCUCGCCUUCAUCAUGUUCGUCAAGGGCUUCUCCAUCAUCAUCGCCUUCCCCUCCACCACCAUCCUCCUCACCAACUCCUGCUCCUCUGUCCGCGUCCUCGGCACCCUAAACGGCUUCGCCACCUCCUUUAGCGGUCUCGGCCGCGCCGCGGGCCCGCUCCUCACCGGCCUCGCGUUCACGUGGGGCGCCGAGAACGGGUUCAUCUUCGUCCCAUAUGCGUUUCUGUCCUUUAUCGCCCUCCUUGGCGCCAUACCCGUCUUUAUGGCCGUCGAGGGGGAUGGUCCUAGCGCGACGCCCGACGAGAGUGAUGCGGAGGAUGUGCUGCCUAAUGAGUCGGCUAUUGAGGAGGAGGAUGAAGACUCGGAGAGGGAUGAGCGGUCACCGUUGCUGACGCGAGCAAGGUGA